CUAGCACCUGAGAAGUGUAGACCUAUCUAUCUGCCUGCAUGUCUCUGAAAGCUGUGGAAUGAGAAGUAUAGAUUCAGAAGACCAGUAGUACAAGAUGUGAUGGGAGGGACUACUCUCAGCAGUGAGCUCCUGAUUCUCUUAAGUGAAUCCUCUACUGAGAUUAUUUCAGUUGCUGGAACAAUAUUAUGUGUGGUUCUUUUCUAUUUUUACCUUCAACGAUUGGAUAUUCAACUUGUUGGAGAUGUUUCACACCAAGAUGACCAUUCACCAAUUCCAGAGACAAAGGUCAUGACCUCUACUCUUCCUUUCUCAGUCAAAUUUAUAGAAGAAUCAUCAUCUCCUGCAUCAUUCAAAGCAGAUGGAGUUCUGGUUGAGGUUCAUACAUCAUUUCCCUGCUUCCUUCAUGUGUUUUGGAUAGUUGACUGUACAUCAUUUUCAGAAAUGCUGAGAUCACGAGACUGUCAAUCUGUUAGACUAAGAGGCUUGAAUUUAGCAGGGAAGCUCGAAGGCAUUUCACAUUCAAACUCUGAAAAAUAUUUCUUGGAUGCAGAUACUUUAAAAUCUAUUCAAUUGAAAUUCAGAGAUGACUUCAAUCAAAGCAUUGCAGGAUCAGGAAGUGAAAGUGAUUUUAAUCUUGGCCCAACUCCAAGGUCAAAAUAUCCUCUUGUUAUCCUCAUGAGUCUGCAUGAUGAAGACUAUGAAACUUGGUCACACAGUGUAUCGAUUAACACCAUGCUGUGGGUAAUCCAUCUACCAGACACUGUGGUAACCAAACCUCUUCAUAUCAUUAGCCAAAUGCUCAUUACAUCUCAAGGAUUAGUCUGUGAUGUUCAGAAAAUGUACAUGGCUGCAGAUGAGACCAGCUUUCACAACGAAAGAGUGAGUGUUGACGAGGAACCAUCUUUGGGUGAUGAUAAUCAUAGCAUACUAUUUAGUGAACAUGUAUCUUCAUCAGAUUCUACGAGUAGAGAUAGCUUUGGUGAUGUCAGUAGGAACUGUAUUGUUUGCCAGAAUGCUUCUAUCACACGGGUCAUCAUACCCUGUCGGCAUGCGUGCGUGUGUCAGAUGUGCUUGGAAAUCCUCAAUGCCUGCCCAAUGUGUAGAGGAGUUAUCAGUAGCCAUUUUAGACUCGACGGGACCGGAAACACGGAUAAUGAUGGGGAUGAACGUUCAUCAGAUUUAGAUGAUAGAGGAAAUGACUGGAAAACCAGACUAUGGAAUAUGAAUGAGAGGUUGAAUGAAUUGUUUGGAUUUAGAUGACGAAUGGAGAUGUGUAUUUAUAUCAACUUAUAGACUUGUUCGUACUAAAAAACAAAACAAAGCUCAGCAAUAUUUUAUUCAGUGUUCAGACAUGAGACAAAUUAUCUCACUUCCUAGUAUCACACACCAUCACUGUCUCUCUCAAGGAAAUAUAUUUUUGUCCAAACUUGCAAAAAAAAAAUUAUAACAUCACAAUGCCAUGUUUUGUCAUAAAUAUGAAAUCAUGUGUUUAUCUUCAACUUUUGACAAAUUUUUGCUUGCACAAUUCUUUAACAAGUUGAUUUGUCCAAAGAUAUUUGACCUUUUUUUAUAUGUUACCAUCACCAAAAAUAAAAUAUCACCUCCCUCUCCAGUACUUCAUUUGAUGGCCAAUAUCUUAUUGACUCGAUCUGUUCACAUAGUUUGCUAAGCUCAUUUCUCCCAUGUGAAUGAGGUUUCAUUGUUCAUUUACUGAAUAUAGGAGUGAGGAACAAUUACAUUUUACAGAGUGCAAUUCUUUAGUAUUUGUAUAAUCCUGUUUAAUGCAAUUGAAAUAUGAUGUUGUCUUUAGGAAAUAAAUAUAAAUCUAUAUUUUUGCUGGAUAGUCAAUUUAUAAAUUGAAAUAUGGUGUACUUGUAAUUCCUUUGUGUAGAUGGCUUUAUGUUGAUAAGUUCAUUUCAAGUAUAUAUCUUCAUUGAACAAUCUAUUUCACCUUGUGAUAAUUUUGCCUGCAUCAUUGUUUAGGCUUCCUCAUAUGAUACCUGCUUGAUUAAAAUCCCAGAGAGCAUUUCAUCAUCCAUCACCUUUCCUGGAUUUUAAUCGAGAAGUACUGGUGUUGGAAUUUUACUAAAAAAUUAAAUUUGCGAGAUAAAACAUCUGAUAAGUCCUUUCAUGAAACGCCCCCUGACCUCAAGCUUAACCCUAAAAUGGCCGGGGGGGGGGGGGGGGUUGAAUCAACCCCCCCUCAACAUUUUCUGCGAUCAUUCCGCCGCGCGAAAUUUUUUGACCGCGCCACUCGCAGAGUUUAUACUUUUAAGUCUCGCGCAUCUUUUGAGACCAAAUUUACAUCGCCCGGGUACGCGGUUCUGAAAUUAAGCAACAUUUUGCAAGUGCAUGUCAGACCAAAAAUUGUUCCAAAACAUGAUUUUGUGUACAAAGUCAAUGCAAAUUGACUUUUCUCAUCUUAUUUAUAAAGAUAUGAUUAUGUUUACUUUAAACUUCUGAAAGCAAUUGAUUUUAGCAUAAUUAUGCUUCAAAAAGGUUGUGCAAUAAAUCUGGUGAAAAAACCAAAGAAAAACAAAAGGUUGAAAAAAAAGGAAAUACAUAAGAAAUUCAUAAAACAAUAAAAUACAUAAGAAAUUGAUUUCCAAACCGAAGUUUUUUUCAAUUGCCAUUGUUAAGAAUGCUACAAAGAAUAUUUUUACCCAAAAUUAGCAUUCUAGGAGCUUUAUUUAGUGAAUUAGAGCAAAAAGUAUGAUUUAUGCAUAAAUUAGCAUAAUUAAUUCAUAUAAAGUAAAAUCUCAUUUUGAAAAAUUUUACCAUACAGCCUUGUAGAUUACAUGACACACUACCAGCGUGCAAAUUUUUGGGGCGCUCGCGUGAUCGGCGGCCGAGAUCUUAGGGGGGGGGGUUGAAUCAACCCCCCCCCCGGCCACAGAACAGCCAAAAAAGCCCGGCCUAGUUAGGGUUAAGAGAAAAAUGUACUGAAAGCCACUGUAAUUAUAGGUGAAAAUCUCACAAGGCAAAAUAGACUUGAUUCAGAGUGUAUGGUAAAAUGAAACUAUGUACUUUCAAACUUAAUAGGUCGGUCAGUUGGUUUUUUCCCUUCUCAUAUCAUGUGUUCUACCCUGCCAUUUGCUAUUUAAAAAAAAAAUAGGCAUAACAAUCAAAUUAAAGGUUGGUCAGCACACUUUCUUGGGGGGGGGGGGGAUUGGAAUUAACAAAUUUAGGCAGGUUUGAUAAGGGGCGGUCGAGUUACAGCAAACACAAUUUUUUUGUCUUGACAAAAUCUCAUCAUUAGUCUUUGUCAUUAGUAUUCCCUGACAACAUUAAAAAGUGUAUAGAAACAAUAA